GAAAGCUGUGGGUGCGUGAGGGCAGGGCGUUCGGUUCCUCCUCUUUCGCGGUCUCUCUGGGCUGUCCCGGCUUUCUGCCUCAGUUUCCUUUCUCUCUCUGUGAGAACUAGUGAGCUCCCUGGCCAUCAGCGGGAGAGGGAUGGAGCUUCCUUCAUGGUGGGGAAGUGGUUGGGGAUGGAGGGGCAGGGGCGGCCCCCCGGCGGCCCCCCGAGCAAGGGGGCAGGCAGGCCGCGGUCCCCCGCACACUCCAGCACUCACCAGGCUCUCCUCUCCGCAGGGCAAGUACAGCAAGCGGAAGAGCCGCUUUAAGCGCUCAGAUGGCAGCACCUCCUCUGACACGACGUCCAACAGCUUCGUCCGGCAGGGCUCAGCGGAGUCCUACACCAGCCGCCCCUCGGACUCGGAUGUGUCGCUGGAGGAGGACCGCGAGGCGCUGCGCAAAGAGGCCGAGCGCCAGGCGCUGGCACAGCUGGAGAAAGCCAAGAAGUACAACAACGACUGGUGGAUCGGGCGCCUGGUGAAGGAGGGCUGUGAGGUCGGCUUCAUCCCCAGCCCCGUCAAGCUGGAAAACAUGCGGCUGCUGCAGGAGCAGAAGAUGAGGCAGAACCGCCUGAGCUCAAGCAAAUCGGGAGACAACUCCAGCUCCAGCCUGGGCGACGUGGUGACGGGGACCCGCCGACCCACCCCACCGGCCAGCGGUGCCCUGGACAUGCCUAGCUUUGCCUUUGACCCUGAUGAGUUAGAGGAGGAGGAGGAGGCCAUGGAGACCCACCGCUCCCCUAAGAGUAGCGUGAGCAGUGUCACCACCCCCCCUGCCCACACCAAGCGCAUCCCCUUCUUUAGGAAGGUAACGGAGCCUGUGCACGCCGGCCCUGGCCUCGUGCUCGCCUGCUGCACCCUGCCUGCCCUAACACUGCCUGGGAGGGCUGGCGGGAGCCCGCCGUGAGACGUGGUGCCAUCCAUGCGGCCCAUCAUCUUGGUGGGGCCGUCGCUGAAGGGCUACGAGGUCACUGACAUGAUGCAGAAAGCCCUCUUCGACUUCCUGAAGCAUCGCUUUGAUGGCAGGAUCUCCAUCACACGGGUGACAGCCGACAUCUCCCUGGCCAAACGCUCCGUCCUGAACAACCCCAGCAAACACACCAUCAUCGAGCGCUCCAGCACGCGCUCCAGCCUGGCCGAGGUCCAGAGUGAAACCGAGCGCAUCUUUGAGCUGGCCCGGACGCUGCAGUUGGUGGCCUUGGACGCUGACACCAUCAACCACCCGGCCCAGUUGGCCAAGACUUCCCUGGCCCCCAUCAUCGUCUACAUCAAAAUCACAUCCCCCAAGGUGCUCCAGCGGCUCGUGAAAUCCCGGGGCAAGUCCCAGGCGAAGCACCUCAAUGUGCAGAUGGUGGCCUCGGACAAGCUCGCGCAGUGCCCACCGGAGAUGUUUGACAUCAUCCUGGACGAGAACCAGUUGGAGGACGCCUGCGAGCACCUGGCGGAGUACCUGGAAGCCUACUGGAAGGCCACGCACCCGCCCAGCAGCAAC